UUGAAACUCAUGCAUUUCAAGAGAAAGAAGAGGAUAAGCAGGAAACUCUAUUGCAGAGAAUAUAUCAAUUAAUAAGAAAGUUACAAGAAGAUCAUAUACAAAAGAUUCAACAAAAAUUGUCUCUAUAUAUUAAGGAUUUUCAAAAACCUAUUACAAGUGCUGGUCUACAAGACAUGGUAGAAGUAUUUGGCCAUUCCUGGGAAGAUAAGAAGUUGGCUCUUGAAAAGGACCUGAAGGUCUUAGCUCGUAUGUAUGACUCUGAUUUUGAGGUGCUAAAACAAGAAGCUUAUCAUGCCUACUUAGAAGAAGCUAGCGAUUCUACUAUUCCCGACGAGUUUUAA